CCUCGCGCCCGCCCGCCGCCCGCCGCCUCUGCCGCCGCCGGAGCUCUGUAGUAUGGCAUCAAGGAGAAUGGAGACCAAACCUGUGAUAACCUGUCUCAAAACCCUCCUCAUCAUCUACUCCUUCGUCUUCUGGAUCACUGGGGUGAUCCUGUUGGCUGUUGGAGUCUGGGGAAAGCUGACUUUGGGCACCUAUAUCUCUCUUAUUGCUGAGAACUCCACAAAUGCUCCCUAUGUGCUCAUCGGAACCGGCACCACUAUCGUGGUUUUUGGCCUCUUUGGAUGCUUUGCUACAUGCCGUGGUAGCCCAUGGAUGCUGAAACUGUAUGCCAUGUUCCUGUCCCUGGUGUUCCUGGCUGAGCUUGUAGCUGGCAUUUCUGGAUUUGUCUUUCGUCAUGAGAUCAAGGAUACCUUCCUGAGGACUUACACGGAUGCCAUGCAGAACUACAAUGGCAAUGAUGAGAGAAGCCGGGCAGUGGACCAUGUUCAGCGCAGCCUGAGCUGCUGUGGCGUGCAGAACUACACCAACUGGAGCAGCAGCCCCUACUUCCUGGACCACGGCAUCCCCGCCAGUUGCUGCAUGAAUGAAACUGAUUGUAACCCCCUGGAUCUGCACAAUCUGACUGUGGCCGCCACCAAAGUGAACCAGAAGGGCUGUUAUGACCUGGUGACCAGUUUCAUGGAGACUAAUAUGGGGAUCAUCGCUGGAGUGGCAUUUGGAAUUGCAUUCUCCCAGUUGAUUGGCAUGCUGCUGGCUUGCUGUCUGUCCCGGUUCAUCACUGCCAAUCAGUAUGAGAUGGUGUAAAGAGAAGGUAAGUGACAAUGGGGAGUAUUUUUCCAUUUG